CUCAGUGAAUGCGGCUGCAGACUAGCAGACUUCUGCACCUGAUCCCGUUCAGCCUCUAUAGGACGAGGUAAUGCAAGCCUCCUCUCCUCCUCAACCAUCUCCGAUCUCUUUAUCUGGAUACAAAUAUUAUUAUUAGUAUUUUUUUGUUUCAAUCUAAGAGGAGAGCUUUAACAAUCUUCCAAUUUCCUCCUAUCCGCUGUGUUUGACUGUACUCUCUGGGGGUGUGGAAGGGACGGUGAGAGCGCAGACUUUCCAGCUCCUCACUUGCACCAAAGUGGACUGAGGACUCAAUGACAGCAAAUCUCUUUUUGGAACAUGUCUCUUCUGCCCAGGUGGUUUUUUUGUUUAUGUUUUCUGCAAUAGGAGCUGAACCCCAUUAUUAGCAAUCUUUAUUUCAACACCCAUUAUUUUCUGGUUGAAACAAGAAGCUCUUCUUAGCGAAAGAACAACAUUGGAUCUGUGUUGCGAGGAUGGAAAAUAACCCACUGCCUGACUGGAGCGCAGUAGCUGCUUUUUACCCUUUUGCGCAACUUCAGCUUGUAACGACCCAGUAUUUAUUAUUCCAUGGAUCGCUGAAGGUUGCAGUACAGAUCUGAAGCCAGGUGCUCAGUGCUGGAACCACCUUUCUUCCCUUUUUUGAAUUAAAACAGCCUUCAAGAAUGAAAGACUUAUUUGGUUGCAUCCACCUUGCACCCUUUUCCCUGCUUCUGGAUCUGUGGACACGCUGUCAAGAUCUCUAAAGGUAAAAAAAGCAAAAAGGGAAAAAAAGCUCUCUACUUCACCUCACUCUUCCUGUGCUCUUCUCACAUUUUCUACUUCCUCUGUAAGCAAAUGAGCCCUCUCCCAUGGAGGUAGUACAACCGCCUUGGGGGCCGAAUGACCAGCAGGGAGAUUUUUCCAAGCAAAAGGAGCCCGUCAGCAAGAGGCGCAUCGGAUGAAAUCAGACCCCCGCACCCUCCCUAUUCACCCACCCCACUUCCUUUUCCUCCUUUGUUACUCCCCCACUGCAUUCCUCCUUCUACUUUAGCUUGAAUCGUGUUAAAACUGCAUGGGGACAUAGAGGGGCUGAAGAAACCUUGUUGCGCCCCCUUAAAUCUGUCUGCGCUCUAACACUCGAGCUGGGUGGACCGUUUUGCGCACGUCUCCAUCAAUGCUGCCCCGCAUCUCUGGAGGGAGCCGCGCUCAUUGCCACCGCAGCUUUUGGUUAGUAAAUGGUUUACUGGGAAAGGUUUUCUAACCGGCGAGAUGCUGCUCAUACCCCUGCUGACAGCCUUUUUCUCCUCCAUCUCGGGCUCCCUCACCUCAUCCCUUUCCUCCAUGUCAGAUGGACCUCCGAUGAUGGACCCGACCGCCUCGGAUCUGAUGGCCGAGACCUGCAGCGCCUGCUCUUGCAUGUCGGUGGAGAAUGUGCUGUAUGUCAACUGCGAGAAAAUCCCAGUCUAUCGCCCCACGCAGCUCAUCCCACCAGCUUCUUACCUGUACCACAUGAACUUCCAGAACAAUUUUCUUAUCAUACUGUACCCAAACUCGUUCCUAAACUUCACCCAUGCUGUAUCACUGCAGCUGGGGAACAAUAAAUUGCAGAACAUUGAAGGCGGAGCGUUCAUGGGGAUGAGCGCGCUGAAGCAGCUGCACCUUAACAAUAAUGAGUUGAAGGUGCUACGUGCUGACACUUUCCAAGGCAUUGAAAACCUGGAAUACCUUCAGGCUGACUACAACGUAAUAAAAUAUAUUGAAAAGGGAGCAUUUAACAAACUGCACAAACUCAAAGUGCUGAUUCUGAAUGAUAAUCUCAUACAAUCCCUUCCUGAGAACAUUUUCCGCUUUGCCUCUCUCACACAUUUGGAUAUAAGAGGAAACAGGAUUCAGAACCUUCCAUAUUUAGGGGUCCUUGAGCAUAUCGGCCGCAUUGUAGAGCUGCAGCUGGACGACAACCCCUGGAAUUGUACCUGUGAUUUAGCACCUCUGAAGGCAUGGCUUGAAAAUAUGCCCUACAAUAUUUUUAUUGGUGAGGCCAUAUGUGAAACACCAAGUGACUUAUAUGGAAGGCUCCUGAAAGAAACCAACAGACAGGAGCUUUGUCCCAUGGGAACAGGAAGUGAAUUUGAUAUUAGGAUGCCACCUGCACUGCCUGAAAAUGGGCAGGAGUCUUUCAUAGUAACAUCAACCACAGUGGCUCCUGCUGACACAAGGUCCCCAAAAACCCCCGACCCGUCUAAGUUUUUUGGAAAUGGUAUUGUGGCUGGUUUACCCCCUUUAGGAAAAAACAGACAGAUUGUUUCCUUUCAGACUCCCCCAAUGUCGUGUCCACUCCCAUGCAGCUGUAAAGCUCAACCCUCUGACUUUGGCAUUAGUGUAAGCUGUCAGGAAAGGAGUAUAAGAAAUCUUGCAGAGCUUGCCUCCAAACCCCCAAAUGCCAAGAAGCUUCAUCUAAGUGGGAAUUACAUCCUUGAUAUCAGUCCAACUGAUUUUCAAGGCUUUGAGGGCUUAGAUUUGCUUCAUCUUGGCAGUAAUCAAAUUGCAGUGGUACAAAAAGGUGUGUUUGCUAACCUUACUAAUCUGAGGAGGCUGUAUCUGAAUGGAAACCAACUUGAACAGUUACACCCAGAUAUGUUUUUGGGCCUCACAAACCUCCAGUACCUUUAUUUGGAAUACAAUGCCAUCAAAGAGAUCCUUGCAAGCACAUUUGAUUCAAUGCCUAAUCUACAACUCCUGUAUCUCAACAACAAUGUUCUUCGAAGUCUCCCAGCUUACAUUUUUGCUGGUGUCCCUCUAGCCAGACUCAAUCUCAAAAACAACCAUUUCAUGACACUACCAGUGAGUGGUGUCUUGGACCAGCUGCGGUCACUGACCCAGAUAGAUCUAGAGGGGAACCCGUGGGAGUGCUCCUGCGAUCUGGUCGCACUCAAGCUUUGGCUGCAGAAGCUAAGUGAUGGAGUGGCUGCUAAAGAGGUGAAAUGUGCCUCACCUGUGCAGUUUGCCAAUAUUGAGCUGCGCCUAAUAAAAAAUGAGAUUCUCUGUCCUAGGCUUGCAAGGCCUCCACUUAUCAUUACUAGCGCCACCCCAAUUUUGACCUCAGUUUCACCUGCAGGAGUCGGCAAGGCACCUCCAGGAGGGCCUGUGCCUCUUUCUAUUAUGAUCCUCAGCAUACUUGUGGUGCUUAUCCUAACUGUGUUUGUGGCCUUCUGCCUUCUAGUAUUUGUCCUGAGGCGGAAUAAAAAACCUGUGGGCAGGCAGGAGGGGCUGGGGAACCAGGAAUGUGGCUCGUUGUCUCUACAGAUUCGUCGCCAUGGCCACAAAUCUGGCAAAAAAGGGUCCAUCCCAGGGGAUGACUUGGGAGGUGAAACGUUCAUUCCCCAGACCAUUGAGCACAUUGGCAAGAGCCACACCUGCGGCAUUGGACGCUCCUCAGACAUGGAUGCCGGCUUCAAGUUUGCUGACUCACAAAGACAGAAGAUCAUCCUCCGAAACUGUCCUGACAAGGACAAGGACCUGCUCUCCACCUUGGAGCGCAACAAACGCCUCAGCACCAUUGAUGAACUUGAGGAGUUUCUCCCUAACCGAGAGCCUAGCCUAUUCAUCCACAACUUCUUGGACAGCAAAAGAGAUUUUAACAGUAUAGGGAUGGGCGGGUAUGAAAUCCGCUAUCCUGAAAAAACACUGGAUAAAAAGAUGAAGAAAUCAUCGCUGAUAGGUGGGAACCACAGUAAGAUCGUGGUGGAGCAGAGGAAAAGUGAGUAUUAUGAGUUGAAAGCCAAGCUCCAAGGGACGCCUGAUUACCUGCAGGUGCUCGAGGAGCAGACUGCCCUGAGUAAAAUGUAGGGACUGUUGUGUUCGAUGGUCAGAAUUGAUUACUGACACAUAAAGACAGGCAAACUCUUUUAUCUGUGUUCUCUUAAAGCCUCACACACAUGCACACUAUUCAGACCCUCUCAUCUCUGGCUUUCUGUCUUCAGCACUGCAUCUAUACAUUCACACUCACACACAUACACAUACACACACACACACACAUACACACACACAUACAGACACACACAAAGAACAAAAAAGUGCCUUCUGGAAAUCCUUAAUGACCAAUGCAGAGAUAGACAAAAUGGCUCCACACUACAAAGCUAUUAUUAGAAUCAGCACGGAUGUAUUUCAGAUUAAGAGACCUUUUGGAUUAUUCAUGCCACUACCUGUAUGAAUCCCGCAAACAUACCACAGGAUGCUAAAAAAAAGAAAUCAACUUUACAGUUGUAGUAUUUUUGCUGCUAUUGAAUGGAUACUUAUUUUUUGUUCUCUUUUUAUUCUUUUCCUCCUUUUGUUGUUUCAACCAAAUCAAAGGGUCUUGAAAACAGUGCUUGAGAAAAUACCUCGCUGCCAUCAGGCCGUGUUUAACAAAAGGAAAAAGAAGGGGGAGCAUCGGGUGUUGAUCGUAUGUUCUGGAGAGAAUCAACAAUUGUUGAUUUUGGAGUGGGGUUUUGAACAACUAGUGACAUUUUGAUGCUACUUUUUUUUCAAUUCUUUUUUGUUUAAAUUGUGAGGGUGUCCACAUCUGGGUAUCCUCUCUGAAGUCAACAGCAAACUCUCUGCCAUCUUUUCGGGAUUACCGUACCAGCAGCAGUACACCUGCUCUUUGCUGGGAGGAUAAACGGCUCCUGUUUUGCAUUAAUGGCAAUUGACGGCACUGUAAAACUCUUUUUUGGGAUUUAAUGACUUACUUUCUUGUGUGAAGAGCCAUGUUAAAUAUAGUGUCUUCUGAAUGGAGUUGUGUUUCUCUUUGAAGUUGCUACUUACAGUAAACGUAUGUUUUUCUUUUUUUUUUGGGUGAAAUCAAAUGGCACAUACACUGUCAGAGACAAUAUUUCUUGAAAAAAAAAGAAAAAUAAACCCGAAGGAAAAAAAAAAGUUACAAAGCUGCUUGCCAUGUAAGCGUAAUCUGGAAUUUAUUUUGUAAGUCUUACAUUGUUUGUAUCUGUGGGACUGAUUUGUAAAUUACAAGGACAGACUAACAUCUACACAGGAAUACACACUGAUACUGUGCGACCGGAGCAUCUUCGAGAGACUAUGAGUCAGAGUGUUAAAACCAACCCAUAAUAUAUUUCAAUCAGUGAUCCUGCACUCCUCGCCAGCUCUCAAUUCUUAGUUAAAAGAAUUAACAACAUAGUUAAUUUAUUUUUCUAUGCAGGAUUAUUUAAGAAGUAUUGAUAUUAUUUAAAAAGGAGCAAGAAUAUGAGCGGAGAGGACUUGACAAAAUGUUUCAGUUACUUUAGGCCACAUGGACUGAGUUGUUCUAAGUGGGUCUUUGAUUCUCUCCAUUUUGCUGAGCAGCUUGAACCUGCAGACAAAAAGAGUGAAAUGCAAAAUCUUUAGCAUUCCUUUUCAUCGAUCACAAGACUAAGUCUGAUGGUCUGUAAAACUUCUUCUAUCUCCCACAGUAUGCUAUGAAAAAAAGAGUUUAUUUUCAUUAUUAUGCAACCGAAAUAAAUGUGCAUUAAACGUGAUGUGCUUCUGGCAUUGUUGGGCUUGGGAGAGGAGGCGUUCUGAGGCAACAGAUAAGGCAGCAAACAAAUCAAGGCUCUAAAUUAUUAGACUUGCACAGAAUCGUAUCGUAAAACAACAUGUGCAAUAUAAGUAAAUAAAAUGCUCAGACAUGAUGGCUUCAAAUAAUUUUAUUUAGUUUGGGGUUAUGUUGUCAGGACAAGUUCAGUUUUGAAAUUCUUUUAUCAGCUUACCUCUAUUUGGUCCUUAUUUAAAAAGCAUUGUUAAGUUAAAGAGUGUUUUUGACAUUACAAAUGAGUAGAAUGUAUCAUGAAAAGUAUAAUAAAUACAAUUUUCUAUUGGUCAGAAAUCUCCUGUAUAUUGGUUCAUUUUCUCUUGUAUAAUCAUGUUGAAAUCAAGGUAUUAAAAUGAGCACCUAUUUGCA